UUUUUUUAUAAUCGACCUUGAAACAUGGCUGUUAGAAGUCUGUGCACCGGGAAUUUGCUCAACCAAUUUUUGUCAAAGAAGGUAUCGCCUGCAACAUGUAUAAAAUUUGGUUCAACAUGGUCCAAUGUGGAGAUGGGUCCCCCAGAUGCUAUUCUAGGAAUAACAGAGGCUUUUAAAAAAGAUUCCAGCCCACAGAAGAUCAACUUGGGUGUCGGUGCAUACAGAGAUGACAAUGGGAAACCUUUUGUGUUGGAAUGUGUGAAAAAAGCAGAACAGAUAAUGCUCCAGGAAAAUUUGGACAAGGAAUACGCACCCAUCAACGGCACAGCAGAGUUCUGUCUAGAAACAGCUAAACUGGCAUUUGGUGAUAACAACCCGGUGGUUAAAGAAGGCAGAAAUAUGACAGUGCAGGGUAUUUCAGGUACUGGUGCACUAAGACUUGGGGCAGCAUUCUUUUCUAAGUUUUACUCUAAAAGCAAAGAUUUUUGGAUUCCAACUCCUUCAUGGGGAAACCAUACUCCUAUAUUUAAACACUCUGGUUUGGAUGUGAAAUCAUACAGAUAUUACGACCCCAGUACAUGUGGAUUCGAUUUUGCAGGUGCUAUGGAGGACAUUUCGAAAAUCCCAGAGGGUAGUGUGAUAGUGUUACAUGCCUGUGCUCACAAUCCAACAGGGGUGGAUCCAAGGCCUGAGCAAUGGAAAGAAAUGAGUUCCCUGAUAAAAAAGAAAAAUUUGUUCCCAUUCUUUGACAUGGCAUACCAAGGCUUUGCCAGUGGAGACACAACCAAAGAUGCCUUUGCUCUGAGGCAGUUUGUAGAGGAUGGACAUGAGGUUGCCCUUGCUCAGUCCUAUGCAAAGAACAUGGGGUUGUAUGGAGAGAGAGCUGGAGCAUUCACAAUUGUUUGUGGAUCAAAAGAGGAGGCUGAUAGAAAUAUGUCCCAGAUGAAGAUUAUCAUCAGGGGCAUGUACUCCAGCCCCCCGAUCCAUGGAGCCAAAAUCGUCACCAGAGUCCUCACCAACCCAGACCUUAAAAAUUUAUGGCUAAAAGAAGUGAAGGGAAUGGCUGACAGAAUCAUCACAAUGAGGGAGGCACUGGUGGCUGCUUUAGCCAAAGAGGGAUCCAGCAAGAAUUGGCAGCACAUCACGGACCAAAUCGGCAUGUUCUGCUUCACUGGACUCAAGCCUGACCAGGUUGAGAGACUUACAAAAGAAUUCUCAAUUUACCUGACAAAGGAUGGAAGGAUUUCAGUGGCCGGUGUGUCAUCUCAUAAUGUUGAUUAUCUGGCCAAAGCUAUGCAUGCGGUGACCAAAUAAUUGAAGAUUUGUGAGGACUAAAAUAGAUUAACAAACAUUUAUAAGUGAAAGACCAGAUAAUAAGUUUGUUGUACACAGUUUAUGAACAUAAACAGACAAAAAACAUUUAAUGGAGAGUCAUGUUGAAAGUGUGUUAUAUACUAUGUGUGCUUGUCAUCCCUUGAAAGAUCUGACAGAAUAGUGCUCUAACAACAAUUACUGGAAUGUGAUGCUUAUCCAGAUUUUAGUUAAAUUAUAGUGUACUGGUACACAGUUUUUAUGUUUUAAUAAAAUGUUUCUGUUUG